CCCUCCCUCCGCUCCAUCAUGCCGAUCAUCAAGAACCUCCCAGUUCGCCUGAAAGGUGGUCCGACUCUGGACAACGCCCUGUUCAUCCGCAGGAUGAGCCUCAACAUCACCCCCCACCACAACCCCUUCGAGGAUGACGAGGAUGGUAUCCAUGGCAACCACUGGUCACCUGGAAGCUCGCUGCUGGACGGAGACGUCUCCAGAGACCGCAACCCCUUUGAGGACGAAGAGGACGAGAACGAGGCCAACGAGGGUAAAAAGGGAGGCGGAGGAGGGUCCGCCAAGGGCUCCUUCAAGUUCAAGUCCCCCCUGAAGGGUCUGGGGAAGCUGGGCAAGAACCUGAGACUGUCUGGYAGGAGCAAGGGGGGGGACACGCCCUCCCCCCAGGAGUCCCUGCAGGGCACGCCGUCGCCAUCUUCAAAGAAGAAGAGAGGGAGGAGGAGCUCCGAGGGCAGCCUGCUCAGGUUUGCAGGUAAAUACAGAGACACUCUCAGCCUGCGCAGGGAGCCUCUGACCAACGGAGAGCUGAACUGUUCGGAGAGCGAGAGCGACUCGGUCAGCCGCCGCCUGUCCUUCAUGAAGAUGGUGGGUCGGGGGAAGCUGAAGAAGGAGGCCGCGGCCGACCGCUCGUCUCAGGGCCCCGAGGAGCAGUCGGUGCAGGAGGAGGUGGUGGAGGAGGUCAAACCCAGAGAGCCUCUGUCAGUCCUGGAGAUCCUGCAGCUGGUGAAGAAGCGUGAUCUAUUUCUGGCUGACAUCCACAUCCUGGAGCUGGAGCAGGAAUGCAACGAGUCUGCUGCCUCCGUGGAGCCUGAGGACGGCACAGGACCCUCCGCCGGCGCCAAAGAUGGCAGCCGAAGGAAAGCGAAGGAUGUGGAGCUGCUGUACGAGGAGCUGCAGAAGGAGCUGUGGGCUGUGGUCAGGGAGUCCCUGAGGUCUCAGACUGCRGGGCCUAACCUGGGCCUGGUGGUGCAGGUCCUGCAGCAGGAGGAAAUAACUGAUAAAAACUGGGCUCUCAGUCAGGCGGCGUCCCCCRGGGGCCCGAGGCCCCGUCGUCUGAAGCAGAAAUGGAAAGAGGCAGUAGAGGAGGCGGCUGACAGCUCGCUGCCUCACAAAGCAGAGUUCACUGCUGGAGGACUAGACAAAUACCUGGAUCGGCUCCGAGCCCAGAUGGUGGAAGACCUGGGGGCUGCCAACCGGAACGUUGUGUCCAUUUACCCCGAAGAGUACACGCCCUUCCAGGUGUACGUAGACAGUUACCACCAGGCUGUCGCAGGUCGCCUGAAGGCCAUCACCGAUGGUCAGCUGGACAUGAGUGACAUCUACUCACUGCUGGACUGGCUGCACAACAUUUACAACAGGGACGUUCUGGGGACGGUCUGCAUCACCAGUCCCUUCAGCCGCUCUCAGCUCGGUCCUCUUCUGGCCUCAGAGACCGUAGACAGACUGGAACUGGACUGUCUGAACUCAGUGCGGGCCAAGGUGACCACAGAACUGAGCCAGAUUCUGGACGAGGAGGAGAAAAGAUGGAUGGAGACACUGCACAUCGAAGAAUAUCAGAUAACUUUGGCCAAAACUGUCAUCCAGAGGCUGCAGGUGGACCUGGAGCGCUCCGCCUCCAUCAGCAGGACUUUGGGCUCCAGAGUGGCUCAGUGCAGCCUGAACGGACUGGCUGACUUCCUGUACAGCUUCCAUCGGAAAGUUGACAUGUUCCACGAGGGCAUGCAGAGCGGCAUGCUGGGAGACAACGAGGACGGAUACGUGUCCAAAACCAUUGGCAUGGUGAACUGCUGUCCUCCGUUCAGAGGCUUUGUGCAGCGCUGUGCACAGUUUGACCCGUCCGUCAGUGAGGACUCUCUGAAACGAGCCAACAGGUCUCUGGAGCACAUCAUCCAGCAGGGAGUGAGAGUUCUGUUGGAGCGACUCUUCCUGCACAUCCGGCCGUUCUUUGAACGUCUGGUGAAGAGGAAGUGGCUGAGCAACACCGAGCCCUACGAGCAGAUCGAGGCGCUUAUCAAAGAGGACUUUAAGAAAUACCGCAGGAUGGACAACCCUCCGUAUCAGCUGCUGGUGGCAGAGGUGCACCGGCGGGUGGUGAUGGAGUACCUUCGCUCGGUCAUGAGAGGAAGAAUCAUCUGCACCUCCAUGAAGAUGAGGAAGAGGAUGGCCGGCCGCCUCAGAGAUGAAGGCAAACAGAUCAAAGCCCUCUUCAAAGACCUGGAGUCUCCGUCCAGCUGGUUGGACAGCGCUCUGUCCCACAUCUCAGAGAUCAUCCAGCUGGAGGAUGUCCCGUCCAUCCAGAUGGAGGUGGGGGUUCUGGUCCGAGAGUUCCCGGACAUCAGGAAGAAGCACGUGUCGGCCAUCUUGAACCUGCGGGGCCUGACCCGGCAGGCGGAGCGUCAGGAGAUCACCAACAUCGUCAGAGACAUGGAGAGUAGUGACGGGGGUCCAAGCCCUCUGACCCGGGACAGGGCCCUGUUCUGUGAGGUACCGGUCACCUCCGAGGUCCACUGCCUGAACCUGGGCCUGAGCCGGGUCGCCCUCACGGCCUCGUCCUGCUUCUCCUCGCUCAGACCUCGUCCACGCAAAACCCGAACGCCGGUCCAGGAGGAAGUUCUGUGAACGAGUCCAGGUCCAGUUUGAGGGUCUGGACUCUGAACUGGACCUGCUGCUGGUGGCGCUAGUCCAGUUCAGAGUCCAGACCCUCAAACUGUUUCUGACACAAAAACAAAGCUUUGAGUUGAUUUGUCUGUUUGGAUUUUUAGUGGACUAAAGUAGAACCUCUGGUCCAAGACCUGACCUAGAAACCAGGUCCAUGAAGGUCUUGAGGAACAGUGAAUAUGAUGAAGAUGAAGAAGAUGAUGAUGAUGAUGAUGAUGAUGAUGAUGAGUUAUAGCACAAAGUCUAAUGUUUCCAGUAGACCAUUUGGAGACAUGAGGGACAACCAGAGCUGGACUUCAUGGUUUCAUCUUUUUGAUCAACAGGACCGGUUCAGUCCUCCGGUCCUCCUGGUCUGAGUUUGGGUCUGCAGCUUCUGAACGUUUUGACUGAACAGCACUUUAUCCAGGAAAUCUGAGACUAAAACUGACUCUAAGGUUCUGAUUGGGUCUGAUGAAGUGCCCCCUCUGGUCCACACCUGGAACCUGGUCUGAGAACCUGCAGCUGGACCACACAGUCAGUAGAAUCAGAGAAAGUAUGUCCUGUUCAUGUUCAUGUGGGCGGAGCUACGGGGAGGUGAGGACGACCUGUAAAAGUGAUGUGGACCAGAUUUAGAGAGGAUCCAUGUGGACCAGAUUUAGAGAGGAUCCAUGUGGACCAGAUUUAGAGAGGAUCCAUGUG